AUGAUCAUUCCGUACCUGUCUUCAACCAAAAACAGCGAUGAUGGAUUGAUGCUUAACGGGGUAAUCUUCGACCAAAUCCUGGCCUUUCCCAUUGCCCCGUGGCUCUGUGGCCAUACUGGUCGUCGCUUUCCUUCAUUCAUCGGAUCGCUUCUUUUAGUCAUUGGCGCCAUUCUCCAUUGCGCUGCGCAGGACUUUGCCAUGUUUUUAGUUUCCCUUAUGAUCGUCGGGUUUGGUGGCCUGAUUGCGGUUGAACCGUGGCGGAUGUUGGUCAGUGAGCUUGGGUACCUAAAUCAUCGCUCUGUCCUGUGCAAUGACAGCCGCGUGGGUGACAUAUGGAACUUACUGCAUGGGUCCGGAUGCAUCAUGGGCCUGGCGCAUCCCCCCCUACUCCAAGGGCUCUUCCCCUUGCUUCAGGUGCUUGUCGUGUAUCUUCUUCCGGAAUCACCACGGCAUCUAGUGCGAAAGGAUCGCCAUGAAGAUGCGCGGAAGGGCUAUGAAGAUGUGCGGAAGGUGUUGGUGAAAUAA